AUGGAUUCUGAUUAUACAGAUGUAACCAAUAGAAUUGGUGAGUCCACAUUUAGGUUAGUAUGGGAUAACUUGGCAUACGCCCAACUGUGGGAGCAAUUGAGGACAAGAGAUGAGCAAGUUGAAUGGCAGGGCCAAACGUUACAAAUCAUCGAAGGUAAACCACCCCAUAAACUGAGUAACGACGAUGAUGGUGGAAACGAAAACGACCAUGGGAUAGAAUAUGUACUUCCCAUUGAGAUGUCGCAGUACAAGGCUGGAAAGUUGACGUUCAAAUGUCUAGAUCUUAUAUUUGAUCAGCUAUGCCCGCCAGAUGCCAGGAGAAUUACACUGGCAUUAGCUAAUUCUGAUGGUACCGUAAUGUUUUAUUUUGUCUAUAAGGGUAUACAUAAACCCAAGAGGAACUAA